UCCUCCCGUCUCUCUCCUCCCUGCGAGCCUCCCGACCGGCCGACAGCUUCCACGGCGUUCGCCUGCUCUGCCGCCACCGGCGCCGGCUCCUCCUCUUCUCGCCUCCGAACAAGAUGACAGCCGGGCGGCGGCGCUGGGGCCGGCGGUGGCGGCGCGGAGGCUCCUCGCUCCGGCUGAUGACUGACCCGCGUCCCUCGUUUCUAACACUGAAGCCAGGUUGUUUUAACUAAAGAUGGAAACACUGGAGUCGGAACUGACUUGCCCAAUUUGCUUAGAGUUGUUCGAAGACCCCCUCCUCCUGCCGUGCGCCCACAGCCUGUGCUUCAGCUGCGCCCACCGCAUCUUGGUUUCCAGCUGCUCCUCUGGCGAGAACCUCGAGCCCAUCACUGCCUUCCAGUGCCCCACCUGCCGACAUGUCAUCUCUCUUAACCAUCGGGGCCUAGAAGGCCUUAAACGGAAUGUGACCUUGCAGAAUAUCAUUGACCGAUUCCAGAAGGCCUCUUUGAGCGGGCCCAGUUCCCCCAGCGAGAACUACUGUCAGAGAUCCUAUCGCCGCAGCCCGACCAUGUCGACAGUGGUGGACCGGAUAGCUUGCCAGUUCUGCGAGCAGGACCCUCCCCGCGACGCCAUCAAGACCUGCAUUACUUGCGAGGUGUCCUACUGUGACCGCUGCCUGCGGGCCACCCACCCCAAUAAGAAGCCAUUCACCAGCCACCGGUUGGUGGAGCCUGUGCCGGACACUCACUUCCGGGGACUGAUGUGCCUUGAGCACGAGAAUGAGAAGGUGAACAUGUACUGUGUGGCUGAUGACCAGCUCAUCUGUGCCUUAUGCAAACUGGUGGGGAGGCACCGGGAUCAUCAAGUGGCAUCCCUGAGUGACCGGUUUGAGAAGCUGAAGCAAACUCUGGAGAUGAACCUCACCAACUUGGUUAAGCGCAAUAGCGAGCUAGAAAACCAGAUGGCCAAACUGAUACAGAUCUGUCAGCAGGUGGAGGUAAACACAGCCAUGCAUGAGGCCAAACUGAUGGAGGAAUGCGAUAAGUUAGUGGACAUCAUCCGUCAGCGCAAGCAAGUGAUCGCUGUCAAGAUCAAAGAGACGAAGGUGAUGAAGCUGAGGAAGUUAGCCCAGCAGGUAGCCAACUGCCGGCAGUGCCUCGAGCGGUCCACAGUCCUCAUCAACCAAGCGGAACACAUCUUGAAAGAAAGCGACCACGCCCGGUUCCUGCAAACAGCGAAGAAUGUGGCAGAAAGGGUUGCCAUGGCAACUGCAUCCUCUCAAGUUUUGAUACCCGAUAUCAAUUUUAACGAUGCCUUUGAAAACUUUGCUUUAGAUUUUUCCAGAGAGAAGAAAUUGCUGGAGGGCCUGGAUUAUCUAACAGCACCCAACCCGCCCGCUGUCCGUGAAGAACUUUGCACCGCCUCCCACGACACCAUCACUGUCCACUGGAUCUCUGAUGAUGAGUUCAGCGUCGGCUCAUAUGAGCUCCAGUAUACCAUCUUCACCGGCCAGGCCAACUUUAUCAGUCUCUACAAUUCUAUGGACAGCUGGAUGAUUGUCCCCAACAUCAAGCAGAACCAUUAUACGGUGCACGGGUUGCAAAGUGGCACACGAUACAUCUUCCUCGUCAAGGCGAUCAAUCAGGCUGGCAGCCGAAACAGUGAGCCUGCCAGACUGAAGACUAACAGCCAGCCAUUCAAGUUGGACCCUAAAAUGGCUCAUAAGAAGUUGAAGAUCUCCAAUGAUGGACUUCAGAUGGAGAAAGACGAAAGCUCCUUGAAAAAGAGUCACACCCCCGAGAGGUUCAGUGGAACAGGCUGCUAUGGGGUCACGGGGAAUGUGUUCAUUGACAGUGGAUGCCAUUAUUGGGAGGUAACCCUAGGAACCUCCACCUGGUACGCCAUCGGCAUUGCCUACAAAUCAGCCCCUAAGAAUGAGUGGGUCGGCAAGAACUCCUCCUCUUGGGUUUUCUCCCGCUGCAACAACAGCUUUGUAGUGCGGCAUAACAACAAGGAGAUGCUCCUUGAUGUUCAGCCCCAGAUGAAGCGCUUGGGCGUCCUUCUGGACUAUGACAACAACGUCUUCUCCUUCUACGAUCCUGCCAACUCGCUCCACCUCCAUACGUUUGAGAUUGCUUUCAUCCUGCCUGUCUGCCCUACUUUUACCAUUUGGAACAAAUCAUUAAUGGUCAUCACGGGUCUCCCUGCUCCAGACUUUAUAGACUACCCAGAACAGCAGGAAUGCAACUGCCGGCCUCAAGAGUCUCCGUAUGUAUCAGGAAUGAAAACCUGCCAUUGAGGACUCAAGAAGUCCCUGUCUUUCCAGCCAAGCCUCUGGAGCAAACUGUGCAACCAGAUGGGGGCAAUGACCUCAUGUGUGUUUUGGAGGCAGUUGGCAGCCUGCAAGCCUCCCUCUUACUGAAAGUCCACCGCUUGUGGUGCAUCCCUCGUGGCGCAUCCGGUGCGGGUGGCAUUUCAUGGACCGGAUUUUUAAAACUUUAUUUUUUUUUGAUAGCACUACUGAAUUGUCUCCAAUGGAGUUGGCAUGUCUUGUUUGUUCCUGACAAGAGGAAGGGUACCAUGGCAGGGUAUGGAGAGGAGUCGUGCCAUCUCAGCUGCAUGGGAAUCCAAAGCGCAACGUGGGUUUGGUUUUGUAAACAGACAGAGGAGUCUGAGGGGAGGGAGGGAGGGACCCACUGGGUCUCUAAGAUGUCAUUUGGGGAGAAUUGGAACCCAACGAAAUUGGAACCCAAGCCAUUGCCUAGAAAAUACAGGUCUGGGUGCUCUAUUGCCCCAUAACAAUCAUACAUGGGGGAGAUGGGGGGGGCAACAUGAAUUUAGCACUCUGCAAAUGUUCAUCUUGCACAUUAACAGAUAUAUGACCAAGGGAGUUAGCCCAUUUGUAAUGGCCCUUUCCCAAAGCCCUAUCCCCAGAUUUUGUCAUCAGCCAUAUUCCUUCCAAAUCAUAUACCCUGUUUCCCCCAAAAUAAGACCUCCCCGGAUAAUAAGCCCAAUUGGGCUUUUGAACGCAUGUGCUAAA